CUGCCAGUGCUCGACAUGUGGUCACUUGUUCCGCGCAGCCGGCAGAGCGCGGCGUGGCGUUGGGCCAUGGAGCGCGCCGCGGUGGCCUGCCGCUGGACGUGGCUGCAGGCGCAGGUGGCCGAUCUCGAGUUCCGCAUUCGACAGCAGGCGGACCUGUGCCGGCAGCUGCGGAAGGCCAAGGGCGACGUGCGUCUCGAAGGCCAAGACCCUCCGGAGGACGCCUCGACCGACGACGACGACAAGGCGGUGACGGAGUGCGACGUCCAGACCACCACUGUCGAGGAGGACGUGCCGCACGCGGCCGACGCCGCGGGGACGGCACCGCCGGCCAAGCCCAACGGCCUGGUGCUCUCCGCCUCCGAACUCCGACCCCCCGCGGCCGUCGGCUGCGCGCGGACUCGGGCGCUGGCGGCCGGCUUCCGCAAGCGCAAGGUGGUGGUCGCCGCUACGGCCCUCGCCUCUGCGCGCAAGUCGGCCCGCUUGUCGGCCACAGUGCAGUGUCCGUGUCGCUCGGUGUGUGGACCCACGUCUCCCGGCGCCACGGCCGCUGGCUGGGGCUCGGGCCUCGCCGCGCCGCCCAGUCCGGCGAACGCUACCGCGGAGCCUGUGCCUCUCGCUGCGGCCGCGACCUCGGCGGACGGCGGCGCGGCGGCGGAUGGCCCCACCGUCAGCCUGCCGCCGCUCGCGCCGUGCCUGGUGUGCGGCGGCCGCUACAACAGCGUGCGGCCGCUCGACGCCGAGCUCAUGACGCGUCAGGAGAAGGUGGCGCUGCUCGACCCUGGGUUCCACCCGGUGCUCUCGUUCCCCUCCGGUGAGUGUCGCAUGCCGCUUGUGCGAGCGGAGGCCGCCGCCCUGCAGCAGCAGCCUCUGCUGGCGCCGCUCGCGAAUGACGCGAUAAUACAGUUUUAGCAUUGCCGUGUUACG